AGAAUGGAACCGGAAAAAAUGUCUGCUGAAUCUGAGGAAUCUCCUACAAAGCAGGUAGUUCUUAAGCAAGAUAUAACAAGUGAAUUAAAAGGUGAUGAAUAUGCGUACCUCGACGCUACUGGCUUCACAUCAGAAUUGUUCAAAAUCGAACUUAGAGGGCUUCCCAAGUACUAUGGCAUAGGCGAGCUGAAAAAGUUACUGAACGUGAAGAUGAAACUGUCCACAAACAAAAUUAAAAUUAUGAAGCCUGGCAGUCCCUUCAUAUUCAUUUGUUUUCGCAACCAAGAGGACCGUGAAGCCGCUAUCAAAGCGCUUGAUGGUUACAAAUGGAAAGGUAAAGAAUUGUCAGCAUUCGAAGCUAAGCCUGCUGCAGAUCCUUUGGUACGACGACGCAAAGAAGCAGCCACAACAGAGGGCGAGCCAAUAAACGUAAAGCGUCGUACUGUUGAAGCAUCAUCAACGUCGCUCGCUUACCUACCAUACGAGCAGCAGCUGAAGCAAAAGCAAUCGGAAAUGGAAAACGUACUUCAAAAGUUUGGCAAAGAGCUGUGGUCCUUGAUUCCGACGCUACGAUCGUAUGUGGAAAACCAGCGUCAAAAGCACGGCGGUCUGCCUUGCGCAUUAGAAUCGAUUCGACCAUCCCCCAUGCAAGAUGGAUACCGUAACAAAUGCGAGUUUUCUAUCGGGAAGGAUGCAGAAGGCGUAAAGCGCGUAGGCUUUCGAGUCGGAAGCUAUUCUAAUGGUUUUCUAGAGGUUGAAUCAAUUGAGCAUCUCAAGCACAUCCCGAACUGUAUGAAACAAACCGUGGCACUCUUUGAACAGUUUGUGCAAACUUCAUCAUUCGAUGUUUACAGUGCCGAAACAUACCAGGGCUACUUUCGCCAGCUGACAGUGCGGAUGUCACACGCGACCGGUCAGGUGAUGGUGAUCGUAGGCGUGCAUCUCCAGUCACUAUCCGAGGACGAACAAAAGAUGAUGAAAGCGGCCAUCCUCGAAUGCUUGAUUUCGGAUGCCGGGAAGAAAGCGGGCAUUUGUUCUAUCUACUUUGAAGUAAUUCAAAAACGCCAACAAGGCCAGCACACGAAUCCAUUGGAGCAUUUGUACGGUGAUACACACAUCGAAGACAAAAUAUUGGGUCUCACAUUUCGCAUCAGUCCAGGAGCAUUUUUCCAAAUCAACACUCCUGCAGCGGAACUACUCUAUCAGUGUGCUAUCGAUGUUGCUGCGCCCGAUAAAAACACAACCAUCUUGGAUAUUUGUUGCGGAACAGGUACAAUCGGCUUAUGUUUCGCGCGCCACUGCAAGCAAGUGUUUGGUGUCGACAUUGUUGAACAAGCUAUCAAAGAUGCGGAAUACAAUGCUGAAAGGAACGGAGUGGAAAAUUGUAAAUUUUUCGCAGGAAACUCUGAUGAUUUAAUCGUGUCACUGCUAAGGCAAGCCAACGUUAUCCCAGAACAACAGGAAACAUUGAUAGCAAUUGUCGACCCACCGAGAGCUGGAUUACAUAUUCGCUCGAUCACACAACUGAGAAAUGCACGAGGUUUAAAUAAAUUGGUAUACGUGUCAUGCUCACCGCAAAGCGCUAUCAAAAAUUGGAUUGAUUUAAUGCGUCCUUGCUCAAAGCAACUGCGUGGCAAUGCAUUCGUCGCUAAGAAAGCUAUCGCAGUGGACUUAUUUCCGCAUACCCCACACACGGAAUUGGUCAUAUUAUUUGAACGCGAAGCAGAAAGCAAACCAGAGCUCGUCGCUGAACAUGCAGCAGGAGAUGAAGGAAAUUAA